CAGCAAAAUGACCAUAUUCUCAUCUUUUAAUGCGUCAUCGUCAUGAUUCAGUUCCAAAACAAUUGUUCACCGAGGAGCUCAUUGCGCCAAAUUCCAACUUCUUGCUGUGCCCUGAACGUCCCUCGAGAAUGGCGAACUUUUUUCAUUGCCGUGAAUGCAUCAUUGCGAAAUCCUCCCCGUUCAACUAAAAGUGAAACCAAACUUGAAGCCGACUGUACGAAUGGCCGGUCCGGAAGUGCAGGUGUUGCUGGAGGAGUGCCUCAGGUCAGCAAGAGCAGAACCCUCCACUGACAGGCAGAACUACUGCAGCUUGAGAGACUCGCUGUGUGCCGAGUUGGCCUCUCUACUGCAGGAGGCCAUGGAAAUGAUGUGGCCCUUUGUCCCUGAGAAGUGGCAGUACAAGCAGUCCAUCGGUGCCGACGACAAGACCAAUCUUAGUGACCUCAUCAGCCAGCAUUUAUCUCAGCUUCUGAACCUCCUCCAUGCCUCCAUUGUGGCAAAGGAGGCACACGCGGCGCUCGCUGUGAUUUUUCUGGUUGACCGCUUCUUCUACUGGACCGAUGAGUCUGGCCGAUUGUUAGAAAUCACCAAGCUGCUUCACAAACGCUACCCAGACGCCCCCGUGGCCCCUCAGCUGGUCAUACGGCGGGCGCGGGUCUACCUCAACUCAGGCAAACUACAGAAGGCUGAAUCCAUAUUGAGCCAUCUUAUCAUCAAUAGUGGAGCCACAGGAUGCUGGAUUUACCGCACUGAAAGCGACCGUGCUCUGGUACAGGCCGUUUGUCUGCAGGUGCGCGGGAUGGUUUUGCAAAAGCUUGGCCUGUGGCUGGAGGCCGCCCUGCUCGUCUGGGCUUCUCUGGUCGGUUACUACGCUCUCCCUCAGCCGGAUAAGAAGGGCAUUGGGACCUCGCUCGGCAUCCUCUCGAACAUUCUGUUGUUCAUGAGUGAUGAGGACUUCACUGCUUUCAAGGCCAACCCACACAAUGACUUAUCUUCACUUGGCGAUGCGAGUCAUCGUCUCCUGUCAGCAGCCGAGGCAGCCAAAAUGGCGGUGGUAUACAGCCAGUACACGUCGCUCUAUGUGCUGACCAAUGUGACAACGCAAGGCACCUGUUUGUUGUCGUACAGUUUCUCUGCGGCGUGUCCCCCCACAGAGAGAGAACACUUCCUCCUGCAGGCCAAAGAGGCAUUUGAGAUCGGUCUCCUCACGAAAACAGAUGGUACUGCGGUCACCAGCAAGCAGGAGCUCCACACCUUCAUUAAGGCUGCUUAUUCGCUAGUCGUCACUCACAAAUGGCUCAGCGGGCCCUCAGAGGUCGUGAAGCAGGCAUCCCAAGCCUGCCAAGUGGCUUUGGCUCAUUUUUACCACUACUGCCACACGGAUGCCCAGGACAGAGGCGGCUUCUAUGCUGAAAUCAUGCGCCUGAUCGCUCAAGUCAAACAAGGGUUUCAAGUUGAGCCUUUCCUCAAUUCUGACAGCCGCUCUUUCAUACCCAACAGCUACAGGAACAUCAGUGACACAUUGGUUGGUUUCACUUUGGAAGCCUUCUUUGAGCUGUUGCAGGGAUUUCACAAGUAUCACGUGUCACUGUGCGAGACAAUCGAAACCAAGUGUAACUUCGGGAAAGAGGAAGUGGAUGGAGCAGGGAUGUGCAUGUCUGCGCUAGAGACAACUGUAGAUGCACUCAAUACUGAAUGCAUGACAGAGGCCUGCAAGCCUUCAAAAGAAGAUGCUCCUCGACCACCUGAGAGUGGAAGCGUAGAUGACCUCAGCUCUUCAUGGAAGAAGCUCUCCUUGACAAGUAUUGGUACCUACUCAGGAAGGGCCGCAGCUGGACCCAAUAACGUUGGCUAUCCUACUUUGCCGAGAUUGGGAAGACCUACCGCCUCCCUAAACUCAAGUCAUGGUUCUGACGGGUUUGAAGUGAUAGAAGCUGAUAUACCGACAGUUGACUCUGAUGUCCUCGAUGAUGACCGUGAGCCAGCAGAUGAAGCGCUGCUGUCCUUACUCCAGUUUGAACUAAGCUCUCUGAGCAACAGUUUUGGUUCCAAGUCGUCAUGGGAAAACAUCUCAGCAAGUCCAAGAUCCCGGAGUGCAGCAAGCACCCGCCAAAGCAGUAAAUUAUCAAAAUCCAGUGGAAGCUUCGUUCUCCUGAGAACACAAGAUUUCGAUAACAGUGAUUUGGAGCAUGACCCUGCUCCUGAUUUGGAAUAUCUGGGUAUGCCCAAAUGUCUGGAAAUCCCAAAUGUAGCAAAUUCAGAAGUGUGUAGCAGCACUGAACCCUCCACAGAAGACUUACAUGGGACACCAGAGGAGUUUGUGGUUGGCUUUGAAAGUUUGAACCCUUGGUGCCACAGCUGCCUGAAGCAAAACACCUUUACUUGUGUUGCUCCAGAAGGCAAGUAUUCCUUGUCUCAGGAGGACUACCACAGCCUCCUGGCUGGGGUUUGCCAUGAGUGUCUGCUGAGUAGAUUGCAAAGCGACAAGAGGAAGUUCAAACUGGACCGAUACAGCACGGCCCACAAUGCUCUUCAUUUGAAGUUCUCCAAAACAACAGGACUGUGGACAGCAAGGGAGACCUGUGUAUACGUUGGCCAGUCAAUGAAUUUGAACGGAACUCAGAGAACCGCCAUCUGCGUCCAGUUCUUGCACCAGGAGGAGAGGCUAAGCAGUUACAUCGGGAAGGAUUACCUUAAGCCGAAGCAGAUCCAGUUUCACCUUAGAGACGUGGAGAGACAGAUGACGGCCCAGUAUUACGUGACAGAGUUCAACAAGCGCCUCUACGACAAGGAGGUCAUGGCCCAGAUGUUCUUUCUGCCGUCAGAGGCACUGUUGAUUUUGGAAGGAGAUGAGAUAGCGGGCUGCAUCACGGUGGAGCCUUACAUGCUUGGCAAGUUUGUCAAACUCACCAACAACGUGCAAAAGAAGAACGAUAAGCUCAUGGCGACGAAUUAUGGCCUUGCUUUUGGACAUUUCACCUACCUUCACUCCAACUGCCAGGAAGUCGUGGUGGACUUGCAAGGGUGGGUGACCGCCAACGGUAAAGGGCUGACUUAUCUUACUGACCCACAGAUCCACUCCACCAGAACCUCCCGAGGCCCAUCCAACCACGCCCAGAGUGGCAUCACUUCUUUCCUGCGGCUACAACACGGACCAGAGUGCAACAGUGUGUGCCAGCUGCUCAACCUGCAACCACUGCCUCAACAGUGAUAGUUAAACAUGUGCAUUAAAUAAUAAAUGUAUUCAAAAGUCUCCUAUCAGUGACAGGUGGUGGGUCUACAUACCUACUCAGUGGCCUAGUGGUUAGAGUGUCCACCCUGAGAUCGGUAGGUUGUGAGUUCAAACCCCGGCCGGGUCAUACCAAAGACUAUAAAAAUGGGACUCAUUACUUCCCUGCUUGGCACUCAGCAUCAAGGGUUGGAAUUGGGGGUUAAAUCACCAAAAAUGAUUCCCGGGCGCGGCACCGCUGCUGCCCACUGCUCCCCUCACCUCCCAGGGGGUGAACAAGGGGAUGGGUCAAAUGCAGAGGACAAAUUUCACCACACCUAGUGUGUGUGCGUGUGUGUGUGACAAUCAUUGGUACUUUAACUAACUUUAACAUAAGCAAAUAACUGCUUUUAAAUGUUGCUACUCAGCUGUUGGUGUAAAACUCAUGUUAUAUACAUACACACAACAAGUUGUACAAUGAACUCACCAGUGUAAUGCUACAGAACAUCCAUCACGGGGGUGCUGGAGCCUAUCCCAGAGUGAUUGCCAAACUGUGGUACGCAGGCUUCAUCUUAAUGAAUACUUAGGCGUACUACGCUACAGUAUUUUAAUGUUGGUCAUUAUGGUGGUACUUGGAGAGCCAAGUGUUUUCUGAGGUGGUAAUUGGUGAAAAAAGUUCAAGAACCGCUGCUUUAGAGGUAUGUUUUCUGUCCACUUUCUAAUGCGCUCUAAAUAAUUAAAAAAGUUACAAAAAUAAUUUCUUAUAUUUACUGAUCAAAUUUAGGAAGAACCAGCCUGCCUCCAUAGCAACAUCCCAUCCUCUUCACCGUUUGGAGCAUUUACAGUAAAUAUUUAUUGUGCUUUUGCUCCGUGUUGCAAUCAAUAACCACACCGAAUAAUUCAUCUUGGUAGUACUAGAAAUAACAAAUUAAUCCAAUGUCAGGUUAUUUGAAAUUAUGAUCAGUAGUCAUGCACUUUAUUUGGGGGGUUUAUGUGUAUGUUUAUGCCAUGUCUGUUUGUGUUAUGUUAUUUAUGACUAAAUUUGACAAUGGAAAUUAUUUUUUUGUACAGGCAGAAAUACGAGUCUGACGGGUUUUGACUGUGCUGAAGUCACCUGACACCAAAGUCGCAUCGUAUUUUUGUGACUGACAAAAGGGGGCAUGACAUGCAUAUUCUGCGAAUGACAUACACGACACACGCUAGUCAGGUGAUUUCUUUAUCUGUGAUGACUUCAAGGUAAUUCUGCCAAACCUCCUGCGGAUCAUGUGAUUGUUUUCAUAACCAAUCAAAUAGAAACAAGACCAGGUGUUGUUCCUCACCUGUUUCAAUAUGGAUUAGGAUUAAAUAAAUAAAUAUAUGUGUAUAGUUGUUGUUAAAAGGUGUGCAUGACAGGUGUCCACAUCAUGACUGUGAUUGUUGAGGUUUGUUGCAACAUCGUGCUUUAUUAGCUUCACAUGACCCACUGACCUUUGAAGCCUAC